AUGUGGGGAUCCACGGAAGUAUGGUUUAUGCCUCAUGUCGUGUACAUUGCAGUCCCUGUAAGUCAUCGUGGUUCCUUUUUGUGUGUGUUUUUUGCCUUUUUUGUGUGUGUGUGGGGAGGGGAGGGGAGUGGGGGGUCAAGGAAGCGGUCAGGCAUUAUUUUUUUCGUCGGUGUCGCGCCGCACGCCGACAGACAAAGUGGUGUGUUUAUAGGAACCUCGGGUGUGUGGGUGGGAGCAAUGGACAUGGAUGCGUUGACGCAGCGCCAGGCCGACAAGAUUGAGUUUGUUCUUCGGGAUCUUGUGCGGGACCUUGAGCUCGUCUCGCUCCUGCCGACAAGCCUCAGCCCAUGGACACGGAAGGUGUGCCUUGAAACUGUUCGCAGCCAACUCAGCAGCGGCGUGGAAGAUGGAGUUGAGGAAGAAGAAGAUGAUGACGUACGUGUGGCGCAGCUCAUUUACGGCGUCGCCGAGCGUCACGGCGAUCCAACCGAUGUAGACGGCAACGAGGUCCUGCUGCAGAUGGCGGAGUUUGCCGAACUGGAGAAGGAAAUAUUGGAUCUGGCCACAGUGGCAGGUAGUGUGGAGGAGUCGGACCUCAAUCGACAUCAUAUGUUGUUCCGUGCCAUCCUGGAUACCCUCCAGGAGAAUGAAUAUGUGUCCAUGGUGCGGGAGUUGCAGGAGCGGCGGGCCAAUUUGUUGGUCACGAAGGCGGAAUCCUCCCUGGCGCACCUGAUCGAUCCAGGUGUAUUGGCGCUGAAGAAUGCCAUGGAGAUCCUCCUCUCCCUCGUCAUGGCACGUAACAAGACGACGGUCAACGAGGAUGUCCGCAACUACAGGAUCCUGCACGAGGCGGUGAAUAGAGAAAAGACCGCUUCCGCAGAUGUCAAGGCCCUGAAGCGGGAGUACCAAGAAACAAAGGAAUCACACAAGAAGGAAGUGGAGGCCCUCGAAACGGAGAUACAACGACUAGAGGAAGAAAUUGAUUAUACACGUAGCGUUGUCGCAAUGGAAUUAUCGGCGUUUCUUGAAGUAAAUCAACAACUGCAGGGAGAGCGCCAGAUGCAAGAUGUGGGUCACCUGGAGGAGGUGAAGCAGCUCGCCGAAAAAAAUAAAGAAACGCUGGCAACAUUGGUGAACCGGAAUCAGGAGGAAGCAAACGCAUUAAGAACGCAACGGGCCAAAAAGGAGGCUGCCGUGAGUGCUGCGAUCACGGAGUAUGAUGUGCAGAUAUCAACACUACAAGCGGCCACUGCGACCCUCAAUAAGGAGACAGAAGAAGACACAGAGGCUAUUGUUGCGCUUGAUGAAGAACUUGACGUUUUACGUACUGAAAAGAACGAGUAUCAAUUAGAGAAAUUUGUUGAAUCGAUGCGUGACAGACACUACGAGGAAAUGCAGUUGGCCAUGGAUGAAAACACUCGAACCAUCCAAGCCUCUUUUCGCGCGUACAUGGCUCGUGUGAGGUUCCAGAAGACGCAAGGCAGUUCAAAGAAAAGGGGAAGAAGGUCAAAAAAGUGA